AGGGUAUUCAACCAGUAAUUGAUAAUUUUUUUAAACAAGGGGUUAUUGUCCCCACUCACUCACCUUACAAUACACCAAUCAAUCCCAUCAGGAAAGCUGAUGGAACAAGUUGGCGUUUGACACAAGACUUGAGGGCUAUCAAUUCAUUAAUAAUUCCUCUGGCCCCGAUUGUGCCUGAUGUUCCAACUAUUCUAAAUUCAAUACCACAGAAUCACACCCACUUCACGGUGGUGGAUUUGUGUGCAGCUUUCUUCUCUAUCCCCGUCCAUGCAGAUACUCAGCCGUUGUUUGCAUUUACAUUUAAAGGUGCGCAGCUGACCUGGACACGCCUUGCUCAGGGUUUUGUUGACAGCCCAGCCGUCUUCUCCGCUGCAGUGAAACGUGUAUUGGACACAAUAACUGACCUGCUGUCCACGGUAUGUGUCCUACAGUAUACUGAUGACAUUUUAAUCUCCGCUGAAACUGAGGCUGACUGUUUGCAGGCCUCAAUUUUUGUCUACAAUGUGCUUGCGACCGCUGGAUUUAAAGCCUCGAAUGACAAACUGCAGUGGGUGCAACCCAAAGUCCAUUACCUGGGCCACAUCAUUUCACCGGGCCUGAAGGCCAUUUCAGCUGAGAGGGUGCAGAUGAUAAAGACCAUGCGUACUCCAGCAACUGUGAUACAGCUACAAAGUUUUUUGGGGUUGGUGAACUAUUGCCGUGCAUGGAUACCGACUGUGCGUAUAAUGACAAAGGCCUACGAUGUCUCAUUCAACAUGGCAUGGGUCCGAGAGACUCGUUGAACUGGACUUCUGAAGCGGAAGAACAUUUUGAUGCAUUAAAGAUUGCUAUUACGUGCGCUCCUGCAUUGGGGCUACCAGACUAUUCAAGGCCGUUUCACUUGUAUGCGGGGGAGGCUAUGGGUGUUGCAAUGGGCGUUUUGACCCAAAAGCAUGGUGGCAAACCACGCCUGGUUUCUUAUUUGUCCAAACAAUUAGACCCGAUAGUCAAUGGUAUGCCUGCAUGCCUUCGUGCUGUGGCUGCGGCGGCGGAGAUGGUAAGAAUGGCUGAGAAAAUUGUUUUUUGAUUUUAUACACCACUCACCAGGUGGGUUUUAUUCUGCAUAAUUUGAAGACACAGCACAUGACGGCCCAAAGGAGGUCUGGCUAUGAAGCAACGCUGCUAGCCACGGAAAAUUUAACCAUAAAACCCACUUCGGUUUCUAGCCCAGCAAUUCAGUCGCUGUAUGGCUUAUCCACAUUGAUAACUGAAACUGUACCUCAUGAUUGCAUGAAUGAUAUUGAGUGGUCCACUUCGGCCAGGGUCGAUCUGAAAGAUACGCCCCUGGAUGGGGGGGAGCACUUAUAUAUCGAUGGCUCAUGUUCAAGACCGUCUGAUGGAGUGUAUCUGUGUGGAUAUGCCAUUGUGACACAGGAGGGUGAGAGGGUGGAGGCAUAUCCCCUGAACCAUAACUCGGCACAGGCUGCAGAAAUAAUUGCAUUAACAAGAGCAUGUGAGUUAACAAAAGGCAAAAGAGCCACCGUCUAUACGGAUAGCAAAUAUGCGUACGGGGUCGUUCAAGACUUCGCCCAGACUUGGGCUAGACGAAAUUUUCAGACAUCUGAGGGCAAACCAAUAUCACAUGCAGAGUUGGUGGGAGAUCUAUUACAAGCUGUAAUGUUGCCAUCUGAACUAGCUGUAGUGAAGGUCAAGGGACAUGCGUCAGGAGAUGAACCAGACGCUGUUGGCAACAGAAAUGCUGAUGAAAUGGCCAAAUGGGCCGCGGAACAUGCAGAGUUUUCCCCAUAUCAGAGAGCGCAGAGUAGGGACGUAGAAACAAUGAUGUUUGCACAUGUAUCAUGCGUUCCUGACAUAGAUUUGAAAAUUUUGCAAAGUCAACCCACACAGGGAGACGUGAAACAUUGGGCAGAAAAUGGAUGCGCCCCAGAUGCUAACGGUUUGAUAAGAGAUAAAAACGGCCGAAUCGCAUUACCAAAGCUGUCUUUGGUGGUAUUGAUAAGACAUUACCACGGUAUUUCGCACAACAGCGCGUCUAAAGUUACACAGAUGAUUAAUCGCCUGUAUUGUAUACAGGAUACAGCAAAAAUGGUCAAACUAAUUGUAGACUCGUGUUUAAUAUGCGCCAAAACAAACCCUCACAGGAAAACGCCACACGACGCGUUACCGUUUCCAGAAGCACCUUUUCAGUGCCUUCAGAUAGAUUUUUCUCAUAUGCCAGCGGUCGGAAAUCUAAAAUACAUGCUAACUAUCGUCGAUAGGUUUUCAAAAUGGCCUGAAGUUUUUGCGUGUGCGAAGGAGGAUGCGAAAACGGUAGUGAAAAUACUGUCGAAAGAACUAAUUCCGCGCUUCGGCAUUCCUAUGACUAUCGAAAGUGACAACGCCACGCCAUUCACAUCGAAAGUGACCAAACUAUUGGCUAAAGCGUUAGCCAUAGAUUGGCACUAUAAUAUACCCUAUCACCCGCAGUCGUCGGGGGUGGUGGAACGAACACACCGAACAAUCAAAGAUAAGAUCACGAAAGCCUGUAUGGAAACAAGCAGGAAAUGGCCAGAUGUGCUACCAGCCGUAUUGGCAGAAAUGAGAAUGACCCCAUCCUCAACGACAAAAUACUCACCAUUUGAGAUUAUGAUGGGUAGACCUUUCCCGACCCCUUGGGUCAAAGGUCGCGCAGGCGUUUCUUCCCUAGGAGACAUGGAGGUGAUCCUGGAUGACCACGUGAUUUCCCUUAUUGAUAAACUGAAUUCUGUGUGUGCUGAUGUUUCUCUUUCUCUCCCUAUUCCGUCAGAUAAGCCCACCCAUAAUUUCAUUCCAGGCCAACAGGUGCUGAUUCGGAGUCUGAAACCAGUCGCCGUGGGGGAACCGAGAUACCUGGGCCCAGCUGUAGUUAUCGCAGUAACGAGAACUGGAGUGCUUACGGAUCAUCAACCGCAGUGGAUUCACGCAUCCAGGCUGAAGCAUCUGCCAACAUCCGCAUCACCAAUUGAAACUGUAGGGCCUAAGAAGCCUGCCCAAAGUGUGUAACAGGGCACUGGUGAGAGGGCUUGCGCCAGACAGAAGAUCCUUGCUCUUUUAGUGGGUGAGGGGGCCACCUGUCGGCUGAACAUAGGGCCUGGGCAAAUUUUGCCCCAUUUAUAGCUUCCCGAUCACCUCUGAAGGUUCCCCUGUUACACAUUUGGGUCUAAAUUGUCCAAUAUGUCAGUCAUAUUUUUGGUAUUGAUCCUGGCCGGUGCACAAGCAAUUAAAUUAAUAGAUGAAGAUGAUUCAUGGUUAGACCAUGACGAUCCACCACAUUCAUAUGCCACAAACGUGGUGGAGACUGACUAAUUACACCAUAAAGUGACAUGAUAGUUGUUGUACUUAUGUUCCAGAUAAUGAUGCGGAUGGGCAUUUGAUCGAUCAAGGAAUUAAGAACAUCACCAGAGCAGUUGCUGAGAUGACCAGCCGAGAGAGGAAUGGAGAAGAAUGGGACUGGAGUUUGAGUUUUUCCAGCCUGUUCAGUAAAAUCGAACAUUGGCUGAUUUUAAUCUUUAUAAUUAUUUCAUGCAUUCUGGUUUUGCUUUGCUUAUGGCCCUGUAUUAUGGCUAUGAUUCGCCGUGCAUUAAAAUCAUCUAUAAGUGUGAUUAUGAAAGGUUACCAUGUUGCUCAGGCAAGACCAGGGGAUAAGAUGACCAUGAAUCCGGAUGUAAUGUAAGGACAGAGGUAAAACAUCUGCUCAGACCGGACAUGGUCCUUAGAUUAGGAAUUUUCUUUAUUAUUUAGCAUUUUUACUUUUACUGUUUAUCAUGGAUGCGGAAAAUUAAAUGGUAAGUCAUAAAUGACUUAAAGAGGGCAACUGUUAGAUUUAAUUUCCGCAUAAAUGAAUACAAGCCCACAAAAUAAAGAAUUGUGAAGUUGUUAAACUCACUGAAUACAUUGCUGGCUAUAUAGGAGCAAGGGAUUCCUUCUGGCUAUUCCUGGGAGGAGAGGAUUCCUUCUAAGCUAAACAUUCUUUGUCCGAACUGCUAUACCUUAUUUGGUCAUUCUGUGAAUCCCUGGACAUAUGAAACCUGCCAGAUGUCUUUUGGCACUGUAUACAAAGACUUGUAGUUUCUAGAAUAAAUGAGUUCAAAAGCUUGAUGCCUCUCUGUGUCUUGUUUUUGUGCUCCCAGAUCUGAAGAAGAAUUCUCUCACAACAUCCAACCUAUUUCUGAUUUGAUUUUACUGGUGAUCCAAAACACAGAAAGAAAUUUAGUGUUCGUAAGGAACCAGAAAU